GUAAUUUCAUUUCAAGUCAUAAGUCAUUUACGUACGUGUAGGUAGCGCAUACAUUUCUAUUUGACACGGCGGUGGAAUUGAGGAAGCGGAAAUUGAAGAUCAGAGAAUCGUAUGAUCUCGGGAGGGCGUGGCGUGGCGAUGACUUCUCGCAGAUCGUCGGCUGGUUGUUUUAGAGCAAAGCAGAUAGUGAAUAUAACGUGAUGCUGUAGACAGGACAGGGUUAAGUCCCUGUCUGGGCAUGGAGUUGAGUUAAAAGGAAAAAAGUGUGUCACCGCGAUAGCAGAUUGGCAGAAAGAGAAAAGAGAAAGGACUUUUUAAAAGGUCACACUGUAGUCUUGUUAAGAGAGAAGAGGAGAAAAAGAGAGAGAGAGAGAGGAGGGGUGAGAAAAGAGAAGCCGGAUGGAUUUCUUGUAAAUCAGCAAACAGCCUGUCCAAUGAGAUUGCUCCGAAGACUGGCACCGAGCCAGCAUCAGAGGUAUACAGAGCGCGAGAGCGAGUGAGAGAAAGAGAGAAGGAGGAGGAGCUGAAUGAACAGGACGUUGUGUGUGAGUACGCAAAACACACACACAUACACGGACACGAGCGCCUUGUAGAAACCGUGCACGCUUUUAUCCCCUCAUGAAGCCCAGAACCAAGAAAGCAGGAAGAAUCUAUUAGGAAUGAAGGAUUCUCUGCAGUCGCAUAGCUGGUUCUGAAAAAUGGCGGUGGUACAGAGGAUCUUUAACUCCACCCAGCCCUUCUCCAUGUCCACGAACCAGCCUCAACUCAAGGUCCACGGCUGCCUCGCUUCCAGCCCCGAGCCUCAGUCGCCGGUCACCACUGGGAAGGACGAUAAACAGCACAAGCUGACAGAAUGGCCCAACUUCCAACUCCUGAAGGUCAUCUCACAUGGCACUGCCAAGCACAUAGGCACUGGACCUCUGGACACCGAGAAGCCCUCCAUCAUCGCCCAGGCAGAGUGUGAAUCUCAGGACUCGCAGGAAUUCUGUCCCAACAGCAGACAUAAAAUUGUGUACACUGGGGCUUGUAAAAAUACGUACACGGGCCUGUCCCUCCAACACGGCGUGGUCUCUCACCGGCAGCCGAGGAAGAAGCGACGGAAGAGACAGCGGCGGAGGGAGGGCCAACAGAGGGACGGAGGGAGCGAGAGAGUGAGAGAAAGAAGACUAACUAGAGUGCCGCAACAGGACAGCGGAGAGGUGAGAUGGACGCAGUUUGGAGAGUGUAGCUACAUAACCAGCACCAACAGCAGAAGCGCAAUAAGCACCGAGAGCCUGUCCGUGCAGGAGACAGCGGCGCCCUCCUACUCGUCUCACCCGGGCCUCAUCGACACCCGGCUCACUUCCAAAUCCUGGAGUUGCCUCUACAGUCCCGCACAUGGCCUGGAGUCCUACAGCCAAGAGAGCGAGAGCGAGCGCUCGCCUGAUCCCGACUCGCCGCUCAUCAGCGAAGCCGAAUGCUCCCUAGCGCUCGCGGGCCUCAGGAACAACGUCUCCCAGGCCGAGUGCUCCUUCGCCUCGGCGUUCGCCAAACAGAUGGUCCGAGACGUGAAGGAACGGGAGGAUGAGGACGGAGACGACGAGACGGAAGAGAGCGACUGGAACGAAGGCAUCCUCUUCAAAGAGGAGCUCCAGCCCCAGGACUAUGAAUAUCGAGAGGGAAGGGAUUACGAGCUCCGUGAUUUACUGAAGCAAGGCUCGUUCGGCACCGUCUACAGCAUCCGAGACAAAUCCAGCGGCUUCGUGUGUGCCGCCAAGAAGGUGCCGCUAAAACAUUUCAGAAGUGAGGAGGUGGGCUCGUGGAGUGCCCUCCAGUCUCCUCACGUGGUGGAAUUCUUCGGAUUUGUCCGAGAGGGUCAAUCCGUCAUCCUGUUCAUGGAUCUCAAACCAGGUUCUCUGGGGCAGCUUUUGGCACAAAGGGGUCGCCUGCCCGAGGAUCUCAGCCUGCAUUAUAUGCAUCAGGUCCUGGGGGCGCUAGAGCACCUGCACAAGAGACGCAUCCUACACCUGGACGUCAAAGUCGAUAAUGUGUUGUUGUCCGAGGAUGGGAAAAACACAUUUCUGUGCGACUUCGGCGAGUCAGAACGGCUAGACCUGUAUGGAUUCAGUCCUUCCCAAGCUCUAAAGGGGACAGAGACUCACAUGUCUCCGGAGGUGGCGCGUGGAGAGAAGCGCUGUGCCAAGGCAGACGUCUGGAGCAGCUGCUGCAUGCUACUGCACAUGCUCAAUGGAUGCCAGCCGUGGACGCGCUACUACUCCCGCCCACUCUACCUCAAAAUCGCUGAGGAGCUGCCGCCCCUGAGAGAGAUCCCACCCGACUGCAGCCCUCACACGGCUGACGUCAUCAAACUGGGGCUGCAAAGAGAGUCGAGCCGGAGAGCCUCGUCCAAGGAUCUCAGAGUUCAAACAGCUAAAGCGCUUAAACAACUGGGAGGUCUCCGGAGCCCAGUAAGGGGAGGAGCUUAUCAAAAGCCACUUGGGAAGCCAGAAAGGUGUGAGCUCAGCCCCUUCUCCGAUAGCUCUGUGCAGCAGUGGAUGGGCCCAGGGCAGGAGUCGAGAGAGCGGACUAGACUGACGGCUGAGCCGAAGCGCUACAGACAACGGGUGGGGAAAGUGGAGGAGGUGAAGGAGGAGAAUGACACGGAGGAAGAGAUGGUGUUGAGAAAAGAGAGCUGCCUUGCUCCAUCUCCACCACUGUACUUUCAUUCUCCACCUCCCGAGUCGCACAAACCCACAGAGCAGGAGCUUCGCAAACUCGAGAGGGAAUUUUUCCUGAGCAGUCUGUCUCAGCCGCACUCGGCCGAGCUCCAGGAGCAGCUUCUUUCCUGCCUGGGUAGUGACUGCCUUUCUAGCAGGGACCCCGGAGACAAAAAGGACUCCGGGCGCUGGUCUGUCGGCCCCGGGGAUGAUCUCAGCUCUGGCGUGUUUUCUUACAACAGCCAAUCGGAUGGCCAGAGCUUCAGUAUGGAUUGGCUUGGCCCCGCCCACCAGCCCCCACCACGCUGCUUUGAGGGGGUGGACGUCUGCAUCAGGGACUUUAACGGGCGAUGUCUCCGUAUCCGUGAAACCCCGCGUGUAAAAGUCGGUCACAUCGCCAUAGGAAUCAGCGAUCAGAUCUCUGAGAGCGUGUUCAGUCUACAGACCGAGGAUGGUUCUUUGGUGCCCCACGAUAAGCAGGUACAGGAAGCUGGGCUCUUCCUGCGCUGUGUCCCCGCCCCUGACCCCACCCACUUUCCGUGGCACAGACAGAACUCUUGCUGCAACAUGGCAUGGAGCUGGAGGAUCAGGGACGGGAGGCUGGAGACCAGGAACUGAUGUCUUCACUGUCCAGCCUCAUACUCUGUCUCGUCUCAGUUUAACCCCUCUUUGUCAGUAUUUGUAUUCCUCCACACUUUAUGUGCCCUUCAGUAUUUCAGGAAUGUAUUGAUUUUUUAUUGAUGAUUAGAUGACUUUUUUACUGAUGAUAAAUUCAUAUCUUUAUUCAUGAUAAAUAUAAACUUCAACGUACUGUAUAGCUGCACAACUCAUUUUGUCGAACGAAGAAAUUCCGUAUUAUAAUUUCAUUUCCGAUCAGGCAGAUGCACUUAUUUCUAUUUCUCAAUAAUUACCGUGCACUAUAUUCCUUUCUCGCCAUAACCUGCUUGAGCACAACAAUAAACCCUGUCAUACUACA